AAACUUUCUGAAAAAUUACGUUGCAGAGUGUACUCUGGUAGAAGAGAGAGAAAACGGACAGAGGAAAUCAUGGAGUUUGUAGUUGAAAAAGGCAAGGAACCUCACACCGAAUGCUCUACUUUGAUACUAGUUAGCUAAUUUUGCAGAUUUUGAUUUUGAAUGAUUAGCCAGCUUUAUCAAUUGGAAAUGUUGGGCAAUUAGCAUUGGAUUUGUUGAUAACUUCAAUGGGUACGGAGAAAGUCGGGUAUUUGGAUGAUCCAAAUAUACUUCCUUGUGUUGGUAAUGACGCUUUUGGUCCGAUUCCGAAUGGCGACCUUGCUCUCCCCCUCGAAGUCUAUGAUUCGACUUCCAAUAAAUUGACUUGUGUCCAACAAAGAUCUCCAGUAGUUAAGGGGAUGAUGGUUCAAUUUGCCCAAAAUUUGGCUGAUUUUGCCGUUGCUGCUGGAAUGAAGCAUGUUGUUGUGCUUUCUAGUUUGGACUUUGGGCGGUGGAAAAAAGUCGAUAUGUCAAGUGGAAUGCCUAUACAUUAUCUCUCAAGCACCAACCCAGACGGAUCUGAUGAUGAUUGUGAAAAGCUUGGAUGGAAAAGACUGCAAGAAUACAGUCCUUCGCAAAGGCGAUGGCAGCAUCUCAGCGCAGUUGCAGAAGGAAAUAGUGUUGAGGAAGAUUCUAUUACUUUUGAUGAUGAUCUAGAAGAAGAUGAUGAUUAUUAUGCCAGUUUGCCUUUUGCUGCACUAUUUUCUUGUUUUAAGGCUAGAGGUUUGAAGGUGACUUGCUUGCUCUGUUACUGUUCAGAAGGAGAUAACAUAGGCGAUUCUUAUAAUCUUGCUGAGGCUGCAUGCAGAGUUUUGGGAUUGCGCACUAGUGAUCGCAAUGCCAAUGAAGUUGGAGGAUGGGUAACCCCACUUUCAUGGAAGAGUGUGUACGGACCACCCCCAGAUAUGUGGAUGUUCUAGGCCUGAUUGAACUUGGAGAACUUUGGACAUCAAAUACAUGUUAAACUCUAUGUUUGAUGGUUAACAAAUCAAAGUGAAAGAAAACAUGACCGCAGAAGAUCCAGCUGUAAGGUGUUGAAUUGGCUGGAAAUCUGGAAUGGCUACAAAGCUUCCCUGGCUUUGGUUUAUUGGUUAGGUAUUCUUCCUUAAUCACCUUCUGAACUGAAUUGUAUGUUACAGUACGUGUUAAUUCUAAUAUAACAGUUACGCCUCUGUUCUUUUGUGUCUGGUGAAUUAUUAACAUAGUAGGCAUAAUCCUUUUUUUCUCGA